CGAGCGGAAGUCCGCCGAUCGCGGGGAAGCCGGAGGCAGCUCGGGGGUUGUGAGGGGCGCCGUGUUGUGGUGUGUAAGGCAUUAACUCCCGAGGUGGUUCUACGGGGGUGGAUUUAAAUUUUUUUAAAACUCGGGUCAAACUGUGACUGUAAGUUUUGUUUGUACGAAUGCGGGGCGAAGAGUCGUCGGAUUCGGAGUCCGGGAGGAUGGAGGAGAGUUCAGUCCGGAGGAGUUUGGAGACGUUGUGUCAGGAGCUGAACAUGGACGAACAGACGGCCGCCGCAGCCAUGGAGAACUUCACUGCCAUAUGGAAUACAUAUACCCUGGAGGGGGAAGUCGUCCACUGGCUCGCCUGUUCGCUGUACGCCGCCUGCAGGAAGGGAUCGACCCCGACCGUGGGUAAAGGGCUGAUGGAGGGAAACUGUGUCUCCCUCACCAGGAUCCUUCGAUCUUCCAAACUCAGUCUGAUCCAGUUCUUCUCUAAGAUGAGGAAGUGGGCCGACAUGUCCAACCUGUCGCAGGACUUCAGGCUACGCAUGGACCGGCUGGAGCGCAACUUUGAGGUCUCCACGGUGAUCUUUCGCAAGUUCGAGCCCAUCUUCAUGGACAUGUUUCAGAACCCGCAGGGAGGCGAGCCGCCACGGCAGCCACGCAGCAGGAAACACAGGCGGCUUCCCUGUCACAUCAGUGAUGUGUUCAAGUUCUGCUGGACGCUGUUCGUCUACACCAAAGGUAACUUCCGAAUGAUCGGCGAUGACCUGGUGAACUCGUACCACCUGCUGCUCUGCUGUCUGGACCUGGUGUUUGGAAACGCUCUGCUCUGCUCCAACAGGAAGGAUCUGAUCAACCCAACGUUCAGAGGUCUUCCCGCUCUGUACCGAGCUGAUGGUCACGUCUCAGGUGACGAGCCUCCUCCCUGUGUGUUGGAGAGGCUGUGUGAGCUGCACGACGGACUGGUGGUGGAGGCGAAAGGCAUCAAACAGCACUACUUCAAACCGUACAUACAGAAACUGUUUCAGAGACAGAUCCUGAAAGGAAAUGAGGAGCUUUUAACAGAAAUGUUGGAUCCUCAGAACUUCAUAGACAACAAUAAAGCCAUAAACAGGGAGUACGAGGAGUACGUGCUGACGGUCGGAGACUUCGACGAACGAGUGUUUCUCGGAGCCGAUGCCGAUGAGGAGAUAGGAACGCCAAGGAAGAUCGUUCAGGAGCCGUCUGCCAGCCAGACGACCAAUCACAGCCAGCUGCAGCAGCACGUAGAGAAGUCCGGUUCCCUCGCCCCCUCCACGCCUCUGACUGGACGGGUUUACCUGAAGGAGAAGGACCUGCUCGUCACGCCCGUCUCCUCGGCGACGCAGAGCGUCAGCCGGCUGCAGAGCAUGGUGGCCGGGCUGAGGACGGCGCCCAGCGACCACCUGAUGCAGAUAUUCAAGUCGUGCUCCAGAGAUCCGUCUGAGUCCAUCCUGACCAGAGUGAAGACUCUGGGACAAACCUUCAAAGAACAUUACACCAACGACUCGGAGGACACACCUGGAUCUCACAUAGACUUUGCAGAGAAUCGACUGAAACUGGCCGAGAUCCUUUACUACAAGAUCCUGGAGAACGUCAUGGCUCAGGAGACCAAACGGCUGCAGGGCAAAGACAUGAGUGUGUUGUUGGAGCAGGAUAUCUUCCACUGCUCCCUGAUGGCGUGUUGUCUGGAGGUGGUGUUGUUCUCCUACAGCUCCCAGAGAACCUUCCCAUGGAUCAUCACCGUCUUCAAACUGGCUCCGUUCUACUUCUUCAAGGUGAUCGAGGUGUUUAUCCGCUCGGAGGAAGGUCUGUCCAGAGACAUGGUCAAACACCUGAACUCGAUCGAGGAGCAGGUCCUGGAGAGCCGAGCCUGGACCUCGGACUCGGCCCUGUGGAGCGCCCUGGAGGCUGCUGGGAACAAAGUCCCCACAGUGGAGGAGGUGAACUUUUCCUCCAGUCUCGACUCCAGCUCUGGUUCUGGUUCCAUCAGCGGAGUUCAGCCCCACCUGCCUCUGGUCGCCCUCUCUCCCAUCAUCCACCCACGAAUCAGGGAGUUCAGAUCCGGUCUCGGCAGCGCCCGAAAAGACGUUCCUCCCUCUCCUCUGUCCGUCCACGACAGGUACAGCUCUCCUGCGGCCGGCAGCGCCAAGCGCCGUCUCUUUGGCGAUGACCCUCCGAACCUGAGUCUGAGCCCAGUGUUGUCUCCGGCGAAGAGGCUGACGUUCGGCUCAAGCAACACACUGAAGAUCGGAGGCCAGGGAUCCCAGACCACCGUGGUCAGCAUCCCGCUGCAAGGUGUGAGUAACGACCGCACGAUCACGCUGAUCCCGGUUCAGCCAUGUGGCGACUCCUCUGGCGCUGUCACUGCUCAGUUCCUGCUCACCGCCUCCCCGAGCCGACCCACCCCUGCACCUGUGACCUCCGACCCCCAGACAGGAAACGGUCGGCCGCGACGCACCGGAUCGCUCGCUCUGUUCUUCAGGAAGGUGUAUCACCUGGCCAGCGUCCGUCUGAGGGAUCUGUGCGUGAAGCUGGACAUUUCCUCUGAGCUUCGUGGGAAAAUCUGGACGUGUUUCGAACACUCUCUGGUGAACUGCACCGAUCUGAUGAAGGACCGACACCUCGACCAGCUGCUGCUCUGCAGCAUUUACAUCAUAUCCAAGAUCACAAAAGAGACUCACACCUUCCAGGACAUCAUGAAGUGUUACCGCAGCCAACCACAGGCCGGCAGCCAUGUUUACCGCAGUGUGUUGCUGCGUCACACUCUCAGGGAGCAGGUGGCCGAUGAAAACAUGGAGGUGGAUCCGGUCUCUGGAGGAGAAUCUGCGGAGAAAACCAAUCCAGUCUCAGGAGAGUCAAACUCCAGCCAAUCAGGCGAGGAGGAACGUGGUGACCUCAUCCAGUUCUACAACACCGUCUUCAUCCUGAAGAUGAAGAGCUUCGCGCUGCGAUACGCCACCCACGACAACCGGGUGGACGCUCCUCCUCUGUCUCCGUUCCCGUCGGUCCGGGCUCAGCCUCUCUCUCCUCGCCGAGUCUCCCAGAGACACUCGCUGUACGUCUCCCCUCACAAGAACUCGGCGGGAUGCCUGACGCCAAACUCCUACACCUACAGGAUCAACAGCAGCCCGUCCAAGGAGUUAUCGGACAUCAACCGGAUGAUCAGGCAGGGCUGUGUGAGCAGGAAGAGGGCCUUCACCAUGGAGGGCGACGUGAUGAUGUCACCGGCGGCAUGUGACUCCCCCAGUAAGAGGGCGUGUCCGGAGAACGGCAGCAGCCCGGACGUGCUGCUGAAGCGGCUGCAGGACGUCGUGUCCGAGCGGCAGAGUCGCUGAAACGUAAACAGCCUGUUUGACCUUUGACCUGUAUAUAUCAUGACCUGAGGGUCAGCCAUGUUUUAUCCAAAGCAGAUUUUAAUUCCAGUCUCAUCACAACCCCCCAAAAACUCUGUCUCUGUUACCAGUAAGAAUAUCGAAAAUGAUAUUUCAGCCUCAUCAGGACAAUUAACACAAAACAGUAAAACAACAGUCACUGAGACGUUUGCCUACCUCUUCACUGAGAGCUCUAAUGGAGCUUCAAACAUCAUUUUACUGAGCAGAACACAGGAGCUGCUGGAAUACCACUGCCUCCAUCUGUUAGUGUGUUUGUGUUGUUGUGUGACUUUCAGUGGUGGAAGAAGUAAUCAGAUACUUUAUGUAAAAGUAAAAGUAGCACACAGUAACACAAACACACUAACAGAUGGAGGCAGUGGUAUUCCAGCAGCUCCUGUGUUCUGCUCGGUAAAAUUCCUGUUUUUGGUGCUGUUAUAUAGCGACGUUUCUAAGAGGCCUGUCUCUGUAGAAGUCCUGUCGUAAUGUAGUGAGACGCUUAUAAUAACAAUCUGAACCUGUCAGUCACAAAAUACUGCACUGAUUAAAAAGAUUUUUGACCUUUUACACACAACAACGUGAUUGGAAAAAUCAAACAUUGGAACAUCACGUUGAAAAAACUUUGGGCUCAUCAUAAAUAAGCUUUUCUGAGUUAAACAUCAGUAUUAAAGUGUUUAAAGUCAAAGUGAGACAUAUAAACUCACUUCAGAUAUCAGGGACUGAAAAGUAACAAGGUUUAAUUCUUAUUCAAAGAUUUGAACUUUUAAAAAACCCUGAACUUGUGUAAAUAGUUUCCUUAAACAUGAUCUGACAAAUCAAGCUCUAUUGUACAUUUUUCUAGUAGAAAACAAGUCUUCACUACAGAAUCAGCCAAGGGAAGAUUUUUAUUCUUUUACUAAUCAGCUUAAUCUUUUUCCUCUCUGUGGUUAUGAACCAUUUAAUGUUGUAUAAUGUUGUAACAACGGGUUUAAUGCUAACAACACGAGUGCUUCACUGAAGCAGCAUUAUUGAACCAGAGUGUGUAGUAUCUACACUUCUUUGUUUUUAUUAAAUUUAACAUUUUAUUCCUUCAUACAGUCAGUACAGCUGUUAGCAAUCAGUCUUUAAACAUUUAACACCUGUUACGUUCUGGUUUGUUAAACAGUCAUUAACAAAAAGGAUAAAGAGUUAAAAACUAAUUGCUCGUCAAAUGUAAAUUCAAAGUUUAGAUUUUUCCAGAAAAUACAAUAAUGGAAGCUGUUUCCAGAUCAGCCUGGUUGUUUCCUGCUCUGUCUCUGCUUUUCAAGGAAAUUUGUAUUUUCUACAAACUGUUAAGAGUUUUGUACAAUAAAAUUUAUGUUGUACACUUUA